CAAACAGACAAUUACAACACACAUUACAGCACAAAUACACUGCACAGCACAUGACGACUGUCUGGCUGAUGUUUAACUAAAGCUCUUAAGUAAGGGUCGUUUUAAAGCCGUCCAGCUAAGAAGUGCACAACUUGUAUCAACUUACUCCAGAGGGCGAGUGGACAAAGUGGGGAGACACAUAACACGGAUCCACCUGAGAAAUGCAGUCUGUGGUGAAACAAAACCUCCAUGCGGAGUGCGAAGGAGACAUCAAUAAACUCAUAAACCUGAAGCUCAACGCAUCCUACACCUACCUUGCUCUGGGGAUGUAUUUUGACAGGGAUGAUGUUGCCUUGCCAAAAUUCUCCAGUUUUUUCCUGGAGCGUUCAAUGAAGGAGAGGGAGCAGACUGAGAAGUUGCUGGAAUAUCAGAACAUGAGAGGAGGCCGGAUUUUGCUUCAGACUAUUUCUAAACCAAGUAGAGAGGAUUGGAGAGGCGGUCUGGAUGCCAUGUCCUUUUCCCUGGACUACCAGAAGUCCUUGAACACUUGUAUCCUUGAUGUGCACCGCAGAGCUGGCAGCCACACUGACCCUCAUCUGUGUGACUAUCUGGAGCAGAACUUUCUCAUCGACAGCCACGACACCAUCAAGAAGCUUGGCGACUACAUCGGCAGUCUGACCCGCAUCACUGCAUCGGAGACCCAUGGUCCUAUGGGAGAAUACCUCUUUGAUAAACACACUCUGUAAUGGUCACAGCAGUACAGUUUAAAAGCUCCACAUUUCAAUAGAUCCAUAGAGUCAAUGAGUGGAUCAGGCCCUCACACUGCACUCUUCUCCGUUACGUAAACUAUACAAUAUUUCAGUUUACCCCAAACUUCAUUCUUGUAGCAAUGGCACAAGAGAAGUACAAAAAAAAACAGAAAAUACCUCAAUUGUUCUUGUCUAC